AUGAGGCCGCUAACAGAAGAAGAGACGAAGACAUUGUUUGAGAAGCUGUCUAAAUAUAUUGGAGAAAAUAUAAAACUCCUCGUGGACAGACCGGAUGGCACGUAUUGCUUCAGGCUUCACAAUGAGCGGGUAUAUUAUAUGAGUGAGAAGAUUCUCAAAUUGUCCACAAACAUUUCCCGGGACAAACUGGUAUCAAUUGGCACUUGUUUUGGCAAGUUUACUAAAACGAAGAAGUUCCGGCUACACAUCACAGCUCUGGAUUUCCUGGCGCCAUAUGCAAAGUUCAAGGUGUGGGUGAAGCCUGGAGCCGAACAAUCUUUCCUGUAUGGGAAUCAUAUACUGAAAUCUGGACUGGGGAGGAUUACGGAGAACACUACACAGUACCAGGGCGUGGUGGUUUACUCCAUGGCUGACGUUCCCCUGGGUUUUGGAGUGGCUGCCAAGACGACCCAGGAGUGUCGGCGAGUGGACCCUAUGUCGAUAGUGGUGUUCCACCAAGCUGAUGUGGGGGAAUUUAUUAGGAAUGAAGAUGCAUUGACAUAA